AUGAGUCUUAGCCCCAAGCAGCGAGAGCAACAUAAUGUGUUUCUGUAUUUCAGGGUUUCCUGCAGACGUCCAGCAGCUGUCGGGACUAAAGAGAGGUUCCCACUGAGCAGCAGCAGGAGUGGGCCCAGUCUGGACCAGGAGGACCCAGAGCCCCCACACAUUAAAGAGGAACAGGAGGAAAGGACCAGUCAGGAGGGAGAAGUCCCUGUGAAGAGUGAAGAUGAUGAUGAUGAAGAGAAACCUCAGUCCUCACAGCUUCUUCAUCAAAGACAAACUGAACAGAUGGAAACUGAUGAUAGAGAGGACUGUGGAGGACCAGAACCAGCCAGAAACUCAGAUCCAGAUACACAUUUACAACCAGUUAGUGAAGACAAUUCUCCAGACUCCACUGACACUGACGACAGUGAUUGUGAUUGGAUGCAAGCAAACAAAACCUCGUCGGGAAUGGAGGGUCAGACAAACAGUGAAGCCCCUGAUAUCGGAGCGAAGGAGCGUCCGUUCCCCUGCUCGUACUGCGGGAAGAGAUUCAGUCUGAAAGGGAACCUGAACAGACACAUCAGAGACCACACAGGUGAGAGACCGUUUCCCUGCACCGGUUGUGAUAAAUCCUUUAAAGACAGCGGAUCUCUAACGGCACACAUGAGGUGUCACACCGGAGAGCAACCAUACAGCUGCUUAUUCUGUGGGAAGAACUUCAGUGGGAGGGGCAACAUGACCAGACACAUGAGGAUCCACACAGGAGAGAAACCGUUCACCUGCUCUGUGUGUAGCAAAAGCUUCCAUGUGAAGGAACACCUCAACAGACACAUGAAGUACCACACAGGGGAGAAACCGUUCAGCUGCACCGUCUGCGGGAAAGGUUGUGCUCAGAAAACAGACCUGAAGAAACACAUGAGAGUCCAUACAGGGGAGAAACCGUUCAGUUGUCCGUUUUGUGGGAAGUGUUGUGCCGAAAAAGGAGACUUGACCAAACACAUGCGAGUUCACACAGGAGAAAAACCCUUCAGUUGCAAUAUCUGCGGGAAAAGUUGCGCCCAAAAGGGGAGCCUGAAAAUUCACAUGAGAACUCACACAGGUGAGAAACCGUUCAGCUGCUCAGUGUGUGGUAAAAGUUUCACCGUUACAGGACACCUGAAGAGACACAUGAAGCUGCACGCGGCGGACGGUUCGGAGGCUGCAGAUACAAAUUCAGCCAAAGUACAACAGGAAGUUGAUGCUGUUAAACCUUUAAAUGCAUCCUGAUGGUUCCGUCAGUCAGGAGGAACCUUGGAGUCACCGAGGUGGUUUAGGAUACUGCCGGACCUUUACCGAGCUCCUCAGACUCAUGUGGUCCAGGGAGGUUCGUUAUUUGACUGUUAUGAUUUAAUCAAUGUUCACUGAUAAUGUAGAAUAUGAGAGGUUUCCUCCAGAGACCUUCAUUGUGAAGCCCUGAGUGCCGAUGUUUUCAGAUGUUAGUGGGCCGAUCACACAGAGACGCAGCUGUUGCCUGUGGAGCGAGGCAGCGUCUGCAACCGGUGAUCAAAUGCAAUGAAGCAGGCGUUGAGCUCUAGAUUGAUAUAGAACAGAAGGAUAAUAGUUACACUGUAAAACCAGUUCCUUUAUCUCAACACAUUGUAGAAAAUGAUCACAUUGACAUUAAGUAAAACUAAAUGUAAGUUAGAAAAACACUUUUGAUCAACUAGUUUUAGAAACUGUAAGUGACACUGAUUUAAUUGUGUAAUUUUUGUUUGUACUGUAAAAACAAAAUAGAAAAUCAGGAAUGUUUUUAUAAUUUCCAAAAGUAAGUGUCACUUAAAAGUUUGACAUUGACGAGUUGUGCAACUUUGUACCCUGAGCUGAACAUUUUUAAACGUUAAUGCGCGUCUAAAAACUGUUAGAAAAGAGUCGUCCGACAGGAUGUUUCUGUAACUGUAUGAUCGGCCCCCGAAGUGAGAGGAAC